AUGUCCAUAGAGAACCUAACAGAUAUUGGAAAAGGUGAAAUCACUGGUGUUCUUGACUUCUGUAAGCCCCGGGGCCUACCUCGGAGGAGAGGGGUCGCGGCGCCAGCUAGCAACGGACCCCCUCCCGGUUCCUGGGCCUGGCGGCGCGGCGGCGGCGGCGGCUCGGUAGUGAGGAGGCGGGGAAGCGGGUGUCCGGCCCCCGCCGUGGAGGGCAUGGAGGUGGAUCUGGACCCGGAGCUGAUGCAGAAGUUCAGCUGUUUGGGCACCACCGACAAGGACGUGCUCAUCUCCGAGUUCCAGCGGCUGCUUGGCUUCCAGCUCAACCCGGCUGGCUGCGCCUUCUUCCUGGACAUGACCAACUGGAACUUACAGGCAGCAAUUGGAGCCUAUUAUGACUUUGAGAGCCCAAACAUCAGUGUGCCCUCCAUGUCCUUUGUUAAAGAUGUCACCAUAGGAGAAGGGGAGUCAAUACCUCCUGAUACUCAGUUUAUAAAAACAUGGCGGAUCCAGAAUUCUGGGGCAGAGGCCUGGCCUCCAGGGGUUUGUCUUAAGUAUUAUGUCGGGGGAGACCAGUUUGGACAUGUGAACAUGGUGAUGGUGAGAUCAUUAGAGCCACAAGAAAUUGCAGAUGUCAGCGUCCAGAUGUGCAGCCCCAGCAGAGCAGGAAUGUAUCAGGGACAGUGGCGGAUGUGCACUGCUACAGGACUCUAUUAUGGAGAUGCCAUCUGGGUGAUUCUCAGUGUGGAGGUGGGUGGACUGUUAGGAGUAACGCAGCAGCUGUCAUCUUUUGAAACGGAGUUCAACACACAGCCUCAUCGCAAGGUAGAAGGAAACUUCAACCCGUUUGCCUCUCCCCAAAAGAACCGACAAUCAGAUGAAAACAACUUAAAAGACCCUGGGGGUUCCGGGUUCGACUCGAUCAGCAAAAACACAUGGGCUCCUGCUCCUGACCAAACCGAGCAAGAUCAGAAUAGACUCUCACAGAACUCUGUAAAUCUGUCCCCCAGCAGUCACGCAAACAACUUAUCAAUAGUGACUUACAGUAAGGUAGGUGCCCUCGGAGAAGAGGAGAAGGGAUAGGUGGUGGGCCUUGGGAUUCGUGAUACCCCUUCUUGGCAAACCUAGAAUCCUGACUGCCACUCAGUGGAGGUGGCUCUGUGAGACUGCUCACCUCUUCUGCCAACACCAGCAACACAAAUGCCUACCCCUUCUCCCCUCCCCCACCCCACAUCUUGUGGAUAUUGCUGCAUCCACAUUUUAUAAUUUACUCCCAUCUCUCUGUUCUGGUUUGAAUGUUGAAAGACGGACUUUUUUUUUUAAAAACCAUAUUAGCAUUUACAAAACAAAAGCAAAUGUCAAAAUAUCACUAGCCAUGCUUCCAGUGUGGAUGUAUACAAAGCUGAGAGCACAACAACACACAUUAGGGAUUUGUUUCUAAUUGAUUGUUUGAGGUGCUCCCCCCAUGAGUAGAAAGAGAAACUCAGUUAUCUUGUCCUUA